UCAACCCAAGCAUCGAAAUCCGUGCCCGGCAAGUAAAUUUAUCAUCCAUCGGCGGCAAGUCAUUGACUGAGAAGGCGUCGUCGGUUGGCCGGCGACGGGGACAGAGUCAUCGAGGAGAUGUUUGAACAAUUCUAAAUCUCAGUUUUCUGUAUGGUUCUUAGCCAAAAUCCCAGCAGAGAUCGAUGAGCUCUGAUGAUAUCUCGAGAGAGGCCAUCAAGCGGGCCAUCAAAGCUCUCCACAAGAGGCGUUUGCUCGAGGAAGGCGCACAUGGGCCGGCCGUUGCAGCUCUGGCCAGGCCGUUUGCUGCCCAGGGAUUAGAAUGGAAAGAGAAAGCUGAGAAACUUGAAUUAGAAUUACAACAAUGUUAUAGAGCUCAGUCACGAUUGUCUGAACAACUUGUGGUAGAGGUGGCCGAAUGUAGAAGCUCAAAAGCUGUUGCUCAAGAGAAAGAGUCAUUAAUUGUCAAUCUGCAGAAUGAAGUGACUCAAGCAAGGGAAGAGAACUCAAAACUUAGGGAGUGUUUAGAUGGGAAAACUAAAGCCUUGGAUUUGGCUGUGUCUGAAAACCAGUCACUUAAAGUACAGUUAGAAGAUGUGAUGCAAAAACUAAGAGAAGCAGAGGCUGAGAGCAAGAACUUGAUUGAUCGUUGGAUGCUAGAAAAAAUGAAGGAUGCAGAAAAACUAAAUGAGGUUAAUGCACUGUAUGAGGAGAUGAUGCAACAGUUAAAGGUAAGCAGCAUUGAACAGCUUGCCAGACAGCAGGUAGAUGGUGUGGUUCGACAAAGGGAAGCAGGCCACGAUGAUGUUGAGUCAGUGGUUCCUUCCACUUGCAAGCAUGUCGUACAUUGUCAUGACGGCGUGUGUGGUUCCAUAUUAUUUGAGCACAAUUCAAACAGGCUUAUCACUGGCGGCCAGGACCGCACAGUGAAGGUUUGGGACGCCAACACAGGGACGUUAACUAACACUUUCAGAGGCAGCAUCGGUUCCAUUCUUGACAUUGCCAUUACUCAUGAUAACAAAUUUGUGAUUGGGGCAAGCAGUUCCAACAAUUUGUGUGUGUGGGAAUCAUCCUCAGGCCGUAUUCGUCACACGCUUACAGGCCACACUGACAAAGUAUGCAGUGUAGAUGCAAUGAGAUACUCUGGCCGCAAUGCAGUCAGUGCAGCUUAUGAUCAUACCAUCAAAGUCUGGGAUCUGCAGAAGGGUUACUGUUCACAAACUAUCAUUUCAAUGAGUAAUUGCAAUGCAGUUGCCUAUAGUUCUGAUGGGCUAACUAUAUGCUCAGGCCAUGUUGAUGGUAACCUUCGUUUGUGGGACAGUCAGUCUGGGAAAUUGAUCAGUGAGGUUGCAGCUCAUUCACAAGCAGUCACAUCUGUCUGUGUGUCUCGUGAUGGUAACGUAGUCUUAACAAGUGGAAGGGAUAAUGUGCAUAAUUUGUUUGAUGUAAGAACCUUGGAGGUUUGUGGUACUUAUAGGACUAACGGAAACAGGGUUGCAUCCAACUGGAGCCGCUCGUGCAUCAGUGGCGAUGAAAAUUGUGUGGCAGCUGGUUCUGCUGAUGGUUCUGUCAGUAUUUGGUCAAGGUUGAUGCCUCACAAGGUGAGCGUUCUUGAUGGACAUACUUCACCUGUUCUUUCCUGUACAUGGAACGACCUUGGUAGACCUCUGGCUUCUGCUGAUAGGAAUGGGACUGUUUGUAUAUGGGUGUGAUAUAUAUAUAUAUAUGUAUAUAUAUAUAUAUAUAUAUUCUUCUCAU